UAAUUAAACUGUACCAAUUCAAUGUCAUGUUCCUCUCAUCUUAACAUAUUUGUAUUGGUUAAAGACAACAAAUAACCACAUUAAUUAAAAAACAAAUGGAAGAAGAAACAGUGCUAUACUUUCUGUACUGGUUACUGAUUAGUACAAUUAAUAUUAAAUAAUUCUUAUUUAAAUAAUAAUAAAAAAAAAAAGGUUAAGAAACCAGUGACCAACCUUCAAUGUGUAGGGGAAACUUCCAUGCAUCAGACAUAUUUCAACACUUACUUUUUCUAGAACAACAAAUCCCCAAAACAACACACACUACACACACUUCCAAUUGUAGUACAAAAUUCACUCAGUUUCUUCAUUCUUUGUCUACAUCAGUUACCAGACAAGAGAGUUAUCUAAUGUUGAACUUCACUUGUUUCUUGUCUCAGCUUCUUUUGCAUUGGCGAAGAAGCAAGAGAUCGUCUUUCUACGCUUUCAUUUCUCUUCUAUUGCUCUGUCUUUUAGCUUACAAUAGUGCCUCCAUAUUCUGCAUCCACUUCCGUUUCCCGGCAAAAGCUCCCACCGGUCCGGCGAUUUUCUUGCCGGAAUAUGCCGCCGGAGAAACAAGAACGUCUCCUCCGGUGCCGUCAGCAACGAAAAUUCGGUCUGGUGUAAAGCUCAACACCCGUUUGCGCCUUCUGCAAAAAAAUCGAAACUUGGUGGUUUUGACGAACAGAACCGCAAUGCAUCACCCGAAGAGAAGUAAAAGGCACGCACUUGUUAGUAGUGUAAUAAAGAUUCUGGAAUCUGAAGCUGCAGAGCAGUUUGAAGCUAGAGUGAACAACUUUUUCGAAGCCAAUUCUUCGUGUGAACUCCGAUUUUUCAUGACUUGGAUUUCUUCAUCUCAGUCUUUCGGAGAAAGAGAGCUUUUUUCGUUGGAAAGCGUGUUCAAAUCACAUCCAAAGGGGUGCUUAAUCAUCGCCUCCAAUUCACUCGAUUCAAGAAGUGGGAUGCAAAUCUUGAAACCCUUUAGAGAUAAAGGAUUCAAAGUCACCGCAAUUUCUCCAGACUUCAAUUUUCUAUUCAAGAACACCGCUGCUCAAGCAUGGUACAACCAGCUAAAGCAGGGAAACGUAAAUCCAGGAGAGGUUUCUUUAGGUCAAAACCUCUCGAAUUUACUCAGAAUAGGCCUGCUGUACAGAUUCGGCGGAAUUUACAUCGACACAGAUAUAAUAGUUCUGAAAACUUUUACGGGUCUGAAAAACACGAUCGGGGCUCAAAAUAUCGAUCUUGCCACAGGAAAUUGGAGCAGGCUGAACAAUGCUGUGAUGAUCUUCGACAAAGGUCACCCACUUCUUCGACAUUUCAUCGAAGAAUUCGCGUCCACGUUCGAUGGAAAUAAGUGGGGCCACAACGGACCUUACUUGGUGUCAAGAGUUGUUUCGAGGCUGAGCGGCAAAACAGGGUGCAAUUUCACGGUGGUGCCGCCUAUGGCUUUUUAUCCAGUGGAUUGGACUAAAAUCGGAAGCCUUUUUCAGGGCCCACGUAGUUUGAAUCACUCGAAAUGGCUGUUUUCGAAGCUGAAGCAGAUUCGAACCCGAAGCUUCGCUGUACAUCUAUGGAAUAAACAGAGCCGACAGUUUAAGGUUGAAAAGGGAAGCAUCAUUCAACACAUAAUGUUCGCUUCCUUAGUCAUCACAACAAAUUCGUCUUCAUUAGUAUAAAGUAUUUACCGUAUCGUAGUU